AUGCCGGUACGUGAUGUAGUCCUUGGCGCGCUGUCUGGUGUGCUGCUCUCCAUCGUAGUUUCUCGCAAGAUUCUUCCCCAUCUUCGCACGUAUCAGCUUCGCUCGCAGUGUACCCACGGAAUGGUGUAUUUAGUAGGUGCUGGUCCAGGCGACCCAGAGCUGCUGACACUUAAGGCUCGUCGUUUGCUGGCUAGUGCGUCAGUUGUGGUAGUGGACGAUUUUGUGGGUGUUGAUUUCCACACACUAAUUUCUAGAGACUGCAAGGUCAUCUACGUAGGCAAAAGAGGUGGCAAAACGGACUCGACCAAACAGAUGGACAUCGGCACCAUCCUGGUUGACUAUUGUCGCGCUAGACACCUUGUCGUUCGUUUAAAAUGCGGUGAUCCAAUGGUAUUCGGUUGUGUGCACUCGGAAAUUUGUGCAUUAGUCCGGGCCAAUUGCACCUUCGAAGUUGUGCCGGGCCUUUCGUCGGCGCUAGCAGUUCCUGCUAUUGUUAAUAUUCCAGUGACUCACGAAACUCUCAGUGCGAAUUUCAUUGUCAUUUCUGGCCACAAGCCAGCAGAUAUAGACUUUGUUUCGCUGGUAAAAGUAGAUACUAUCGUAAUAUUGAUGGGCUCACGGACAAUAAAGGUCAUCUGUGACACUCUGAUGAAAUAUGGCAAGGACGAGGAUACUCCAGUUGCAUUGAUACAUGCUGGUGCCACUCCUGAUCAGCUAGUGCUGCUUGGCACGCUGGACGAUAUUUCUACAAAGACCUUGAACAAGAAGCUUUCACCUGCAGUAAUUGUUAUUGGACACGUAGCAAAGUUUGGGAAUUUAAAGGCAUAUGUCGACGAGUCAGAUGAUGAAACAAUCAAUACAGACGUUUAG